AUGAAGGGUGAUGAGACGGGAAACUUGACGGGUGACGAGAAGGAGGUUGAGACUUUGCAGAGCCCCAUGGCCAUGGGCUGGGUGCGACGUGCCUCCAAACAGGUCGAAAGUGCGGGAGUAGCUUUCAGAAAGAUUGGAUUGAAAAAAAAGUUGGCGAACAAACUUGGAUCAAAGAAGAAAACUGAAACAGACGAAACUCCUCGCCUGUUCACAUUUGAUCCAAAUGCUAUUGAACGCGGUGCAGAUUUUUGCGAUUUGUUUGAGACAGACGAGGUCGAAGAGGAUUUUAACGACGUCGUUGAACUCGAUGAUGAACGGGUGGAAGAGGUCGUCUCUCAGGAGCUGGUAGGUAAGUUGGUGGAUAGCAUGUGGUUUCGUGGAUUCAUUCUCGGUGUAAUCGUAACGAAUGCUAUCCUCAUCGGGGUACAGACCAGCCAAGAACUGUCUCAGAAGUAUGCCUGGCUUUUCUUCAUCUUCGACUACACUGUCUUGAGUAUCUUUGUGUGUGAGUUGAUUCUCAAAUGGUAUAAUGGGUUCACCAUCUACUGGAAGAUCGGAUGGAAUAUUCUGGAUUUUUUCAUCAUUGUCAUCCUCUUACUUGGACCAACUCUCAAAUUCUUGGGAAGCAGUCGCAUCUUGAGAAUUCUGAGAGUACUUAGGGCUUUCAGAAGUCUCAGAAGUGUGAGUGCCUUAGCCGGUCUCUCUGUUGUGGUGCAAACGAUAUUUCAAUCAAUCCCAGACAUGUCGAACAUCGCAUUCCUCCUCCUCAUCCUCAUGGUUGUUUUUAGUGUGGUGGGUGUGUAUCUCUUUGGUGAUGAAUUCCCAGCUCACUUCGGCAAUCUUCAAACGGCCAUGUUUACUCUCUUCAUCUGCGUAACUCAAGAUGGUUGGAUGGGGAUAUUUGAUAGAUUUAAGAAAUCUAACCACUAUAUGAUGGGAGCUAUAUACUUCAUAUUAGCCAUCACUAUUGGGGCAUUCGUCUUUGCCAACCUUGUCGUUGCAGUGGUCGUCACAAAUUUGGACAAAGCCGUCAAAGAGGUAAAACAAGAGAACAAAAUGAGAGAAGAUGUCUUGACCACGAGGAACGUCCAAAAAGAAGAUGAGCCCGAUGUUGACAAAGAAGUACCGGUCACAAGCGUUGGAGAGGUCUUGGAAAAAACAGAUUUGAGUACUCAGAAGCCGCUACACUUUGGGGAUUUCAAGUUUCUGACGACAGAGAAGUUUCAGAGCUAUAUUGUCCUCAUCUCUGCUCUUGAGGACAACCUUGCUGAAUAUACGACGAUCAGAGAUGACCUCGACAAGAUUUUUCGACUCAUCUGGGAAUUGAACGAAAUCGACGAUAAAGAUGGUGUUGAAUCGAAUGGUACAUGUUUCGUUUUAACGGCUUUCAUUGACAGUUCUAAAUGCAAAUCCUUUUAUAUUAAAAAAAUCCAGAAAAAAGGAGACAUCCUUUCCAAUCUUCUGGAACUGGAACAGCGUAAACUGAUUUCAACGCGUCAUGGGAGCCUCUCUGGUCUUCUUAAAGAUGCAGCACGGCUGAUCCCGACCAGCAAAGGUACUACCGGACAGCCAUACUACUCAAGGCGUUUCUCUAGAGAUACCAGCAAACCCAGAAGCAAGACUGACCUAAGAGGAUCAGGGACGUCCUUGAAAAUUAACCAAGAUGAAGUGAGCAAGGGAACAUCGCAGUCUCAAGAUCGAAUGGCUCCCAGGGAUGGGGUGGAAGAACGUUCUACAGCAUCAAAUAGUGAUCUGAAGUCAAGUGAAAGCACCGAAAGCAUUCAAGGGAAAGGUUCUUCAAAGGCCACGAUAUCACAUCCAGAGAACAUUGGUACACCAUCGUCGAACGAUUCUGAGAAUAAAGAGGAAGUGACUAGCAAUAUUGCCGAGGAUAAGAGCGAGGAAAGUUGA